AAUUUUGAGUAAUUUUGCCAUGGAAAUCAAUGGAGAAGUGAGAAAGUAGUGAUCUCUUCUAUAGUUAAGUACUAAUUCGAUCAACUGUGCGAAGGGAACUUGGGUAGUUUAAUCCUGUUGUAAAAUAUUAUGUGAAUAAUUGCGGAUCUUAUUAAACCAAUUAUUUGGUGGGAUUAUUAUGUGGAUUCAGAAGAAAAGCAUCUAGAAAUUUGUUUUUUUAAUAAAUUUUCAUUCAUUACCAAAAUGGUGCAUUUUUUGAUUUAUUUGAUUUAUUCCAUGACCAGUACGAAAUCAGGAUAGGAAGUUUUUUCUAAUAUGGCGAAUGAUUGAUCGGAAUGCGAUUGGUGAAAUGGUAGUGAUGAGCUUGCCUGAGCGAGCUGUUGAUUCACAAUUUCCUGCAGCGAAUUCGGCGGAUUCUGCAGAAAGAGAUACUGCAACUUCCAGUGCAGAACAGAAGGACAAUCCCUCCAAGUUUUUGAAAAAUACCCUCUUGUCAAACAUUCUUGCGUCUACCUUUUCGAUCUUUGAAUCGCACUCAGAUUCUUCUUCUUCUUGCCAAAAGAAAGCAACCAAGUGCAGAAGCUAUGGUUGGACCACUAUUGUGAAGAAUUUUGUGGGAGGUGGUUCAAUGAGGCGGCUACAUGACCGGCUUCUGGGGAGUGGCAGGGCCGACGCCUUGAGUUUGACCAGUGAAAUCUGGCUUCUUGGGAGAUGCUACCGAGUUUCAGAGGAGUCUCCCGACGGCACUGAUUCUGGCACUGGAUUUUCUGCUUUUCUGGAAGAUUUUUCAUCGAGAAUUUGGAUUACUUACCGCAAAGGCUUUUCUGCUAUUGGUGAUUCAAAGUAUACUAGUGAUGUUAAUUGGGGUUGCAUGAUCAGAAGCAGUCAGAUGAUUGUUGCCCAGGCAUUACUCUUUCAUUAUCUUGGAAGAUCUUGGAGGAAACCCUUGCAGAAGCCUUAUAAUCCGGAGUAUAUAGAGAUUGUACAUCUUUUUGGCGAUUCCGAGGAUUGUGCUUUCUCAAUACACAAUCUGAUCCAAGCUGGAAAGAGUUAUGGUUUGGCUGCCGGAUCAUGGUUGGGUCCAUAUGCUAUGUGCCGCACUUGGGAAACCCUAGUUCGUCCAAAUAGGGAGCGGACCGGAUGUGACCAAGAAAAAGAAAGUAUGCCUAUGGCUAUAUAUGUUGUUUCAGGAGAUGAAGAUGGAGAACGAGGUGGCGCUCCGGUUGUUUGUGUUGAUGUUGCUUCCAGACUCUGUUCUGAUUUUAGCAAGGGCAAGUCAGACUGGACUCCCAUUCUUUUAUUAGUCCCUUUGGUUCUUGGACUUGAAAAAGUUAAUUCAAGGUAUAUCCCUUUGCUAAGGGAAACUUUCACAUUCCCCCAGAGCUUAGGCAUUUUAGGUGGGAAGCCUGGUGCCUCAACUUACAUUGUCGGUAUACAAGAUGACAGGGCAUUAUAUCUGGAUCCACAUGAAGUGCAACUGGCUGUCAGCGUUGAGCGAGAUAAUUUGGAGGCUGAUACUUCUUCAUAUCACUGCAGCACCGUGCGGCAUCUUCCACUGGACCAGAUAGACUCAUCAUUGGCCAUUGGGUUCUAUUGCCGGGAUAAAGAUGAUUUUGAUGAUUUUUGUUCGCAUGCUUCUGAGCUUGGAGAGAAGGCAAAUGGAGCACCACUGUUUACUGUUGCCCAGUUUCUUCAGUCCCCGAAGCCAAUAUACCACCACGACCCUUUCACAGAUAGUGCAGGUGGGGCGAACGAUAACUCGGGUCCGGAAAGUUUUAGUUGUGGUACCCAUACAGGCGACGAUGAGUGGCAAAUACUGUAAAUAAGCGACAGACAACAGGCUCGUUUGUACAUAAAUCACAGUCAAAGUCUGAAUUAAAUCUGGGCUGCAGCUCCUCCUACUCUCUGAGUAUUCUUUGUGCUGAAGCAGCUGUAAUCUUCUUGUACAUGUAAAUUACUAAGCUUAUUUCAGCAGUUAACGAUUGAAACAGAUCCAUUAAACUCUUGUAUUCCAAUUAUUAAGUUCCUCAGCAUGAAGCUCGUGGUAAUAGGCUUAUUAAA